AUGGACCCCGGGACAAUUUUAUCGAUCGUCCAACUUUCAUUGUCUGUUUUCGAACUGGGCUCGAAGAUCGCACGCGAGUUCUUGAGUAGAAAUGAUAGAGUCCCAGACAAACUCAAACGUCUUAACGAUCGUCUUGGACGAUUUCACAACGUUGUUAAAGAUAUAAUACAAGAGCCCCCAAAACACAAUGCAGCAUCUAGUCUCACAUUCCCGGGGGCUGAUGGUAUUAUCGAAACCCUUUCCGAAUGCAAAGAAUUUCUCCGUCAAUAUGAGUCGGCGUUGUCAUCACGUUCGACAGUCAUGGGCGCAAGCCAACGGGUUGCUCUACUUGUUGGACCGGAUAACACCAGGGUAGAUGAUCUCGAUAGGAGAAUAAUGUAUCAUUAUACGGAGCUUCAAUAUUGGAAAACCAUUGCUGUUGAAGAUGCUGUUAAGAGACUUGGCGAAUCAAUGGUCGCGAUGCAUGUCUCACCCCGAAUACCUGGUAUGACAGGGUCGCCACAACUGGAACCAUCCCCAAGAUUAGCUGGAGGACAACCAAAUGACUAUUACAUGGCCCAGAGCGCAAACCAAUCUACCUUUCCUAGGUCUCCUACCCUCAAAGCAACUCGAAAUAGCUCCCUCGCUCCAAUAAACGAGAUCGAACUCCCUUCUCCUCGAGCAGGCAACAACUAUGCCUUCGAUGUAGCGGCCCAAAGGCAAUUUUCCCGAAGUCCGGGAACUGGACCUGUUAUGGCUUACAUUAGCCAUAAUCGACAAGACACAGCCAGUUCUACUUCGACACUUGUCGAGUCUGAAUUUAAUAUAGAUCCAUUAUCGCACUCCCCGUUGUCGACAACGCCGCCGCAACAGUUCCGGGGACAGGGACACAUGGUGUGGUUGCGCAUCGGUUCCCGACGUUAUCAAUUUAGUACUAACUGUUAUCGAGCCUUUGAGAGCGAUGGUGAUAGAGUAGUCGAAUGGUACAAUGCUGGCUCUGCGGUAACAAUUUGGCAUUUUGUUCCAAAUAGGUGUUCUAUACCACAUACGAAACCUACCGACGAAAAAUUCAGAGUAUUCUUCCUUCCGCCAAGCACCAAGCACCAUUUCAGAAUAACGGGGACCGAUAACCAAACAGAGGAUCUAGAGGACAGAGCUGAAUACCAAUUUUCUCGUAAAAUAGAUAGGGAGACAUUCCAGCAGAACCUUCGAGGGUAUGAUUCUCUAGAAAUGAUAAGAGCGUCGAAAAUACACAGCGCGGCAGAGAAGGACAUCGCAACGCUGGAGCAUCUCAAAGUGUGGCGCCAGACCGACCACGACGAUAAACCGACAUUUUCCUUCGCGGCUCACGGAGUCGGCCAUCCUCUCCACCACGAGGAAUUUUACAUCCGAUGGAAAGCGACAGAAGACGGGCUCGAAAUAGAGACACCAAAGAGACGAUCCUCCACAUUCGGAGACAAAGUUAGGAAGCUAUCCGGAAGUUCUAGCCACGGGGGGUCUUCACGUCCAAGCUCGAGAUCCCGACCAUCCUCAAGUAAAGGACCCGCCCCGGUCCUCUACGAGUAUUGCCAAGGCAUAGAGCCACCGAACGAUGUUAGGAACCUAGGGCAUCUCGAGAUCGAGUUUAAGGACUCGGAACUUCGGAAAUCCUUCAUCAAAGCAUGCUACGAAGCCCACCGUCCCACCAUGGACGCCGCGAGGACCGGCACCCCGAGCCCCGCCCUAUCGCAACACGCGUAUUCGACACCCCCUAGCUUAAUACUAGGCCCACAACAAAACCCGUAUGAGUUGGAGGACUCGGCGAGGUACGAGCUGAUGGGAGACUCAGGGGGAUACGAAAUGAUGGGGAAUCCGGGGGUGUAUGAGAUGGGUGGACCGGCUUUUCAAAUCCCGUCUCCGAGCUUGACAACGCCAUAUUCACCCGGUGAGGUCCGAUUUCGUACCGAGGCGCUAUUCGCGCCGGAUCAGAUGCAUUAUACCGGGAGAGGGACUGGGGAUUAUGGGGGAUAUGAUCGAGGGCCGCUUGCGCGCGAGCCGGGAUGA